AUGCUUCGUUCUGUUGCACUCAGCAUGGCGGUCCUGGUCUCCCAGGCCGCAGCUCACGGAUACCUCAGUACUUUCUAUCUGAGCGGCAACAACUAUGAAGGUUACAACUACUGGCAGGUCGACAAGGCCCCGAAUGCCAUUGGCUGGUCUUUCACGACCCAAAAUGAGGGCCCUGAGAUGGACAUCUCCAGCCCCGACUUUGUCUGCCGCCGCGGCUCGCAACCCUCCAAGAACUACGCCAAGAUUGAUGCGGGCAGCCCUAUUGAGUUCCGGUGGACCUCCGACGACAAGGUCAUCAACCCAAACGGCUGGGCUGAGAGCCACCGCGGUUCCGUCAUCACCUACAUCGCCCCUUGCAACGGCGACUGCACCAGGGUCGACAAGACCGCGCUACGCUGGACCAAGAUCCAGGAGGCUGGCCUCAUCUCCGGUCCCGCCAACACGCAGGGCAUCUGGGCGACUGACCUCCUGCGCACCUACGACGGCUGGAGCCUGGCCACCAUUCCUGCCUCCAUUGCCUCGGGCAGAUACGUUGUUCGUCACGAGCUCAUUGCCUGUGGUGCCCUGGACCGCCUAUAUCUUCUGGAUCUGGAUCACGUUGACAAUAAGGAACUGCCGCAUGUACGGUGGGAGCUCCAUUAG